AUGGAUGCCAAUCAAUUUGCAAUAUUCAUGAAGACGCAACAAGAUUUGAUAACACAAAUAUCCAAGUUGACUGUUGGUGCAUCCUCCUCAAGUGCAGUACCGAACAGUAACAUCAUCAACACAGCAUUAGUUCCAAACUUCGAAGCAUUUGAUACGGCCAAGGAGACAUUCCGUAAUUACAUACAGCGGUUCACAAAUUACGUGAACAUGAAGAACGUCGAAAAUAAUAAGGAGUAUUGUACGAAGCUCCUCCUCAAUUCAAUUGGUGCAAAGCAUUUUGAUAGGGUGACGGCAUUAGCGGCACCAAAAAUUGCAGCUGAACUACAGUACGAUGAUUUAUUAAAGCUAUUAGAAAAUUAUUUAGCUCCAAAGAGGAACGUACUUGUGGCCCAACACAAAUUCUUAUCCAAAUAUCAGAGUGAGGGACAGUCGGUGGCAGAUUUUGUCGCAGUACUUCGUACCGAUAUCAUCGAUUGUGAGUUUGUGUCAGAUUGUGCGUGCAAAAGUUCAAUUUCUGAUGUGUUUUUAAGGGCACAAUUUAUCCGUGGCAUUAAUGACAAUGGCAUUCGUGAACAACUACUGCAAUCAAAUGCAACUAAAUUUGAAGAAAUUGUGUUAAAGGCGUUGGCGCUCGAAGCAGCUAAGUGUGAUGCAAAGGAAUUAUCGCAGGCUGCAGCAAAUUCAUCAAACGCAUCUGUCAAUAAAAUUUUCAAUAAGAGGAAAGUACCAAUACACCCCAGAAUUCAACAUCAACACAAGCGUAAAGUAAAUUACGAGAAAUUGGGUAUUGCUGGGUUAUGUUUGCGAUGUGGCAGGAAUGACCAUUUUGCAAAAGACUGUCGAUCCAGUUCAAAAUUAAAGUGUAAUUUAUGUGCAAAGCACGGGCAUGUAGCAAAAGUCUGCAUUGCUUCUCUUUUGGCGGAUAGUCCUAAUGCCGGACCUAAAAACACUCAGAGUACCAGAGGCAACUCAACAAAUCAAGUUCGAAGUGAUAAUUCCAAUUACGGAAUUUAUAAAAUUGUUGAUGUUUACUGCAAUGACUACUCAAAUAGAAAUUCUGAUCGUUACUAUGCAAAUAUUUCAAUAGAAGGAAAAACUGUAAAAUUUGAAGUAGACUCAGGCUCUGGAUAUUCAUUUUUACCCCGAAGUAUGUUCAAAGAACUGCGUUUGUCUAACGUAAUAACCCCAACAAAUAUCGUGUUCCGUUCCUACACACAAAAUACGUUUACUCCAGAUGGCAAGGUACAUGUACAUGUCAAAUUCAACAACAUUUCUAUAAUUGAUGACCUUUAUGUGGUACCGGACGGGUGUACGGCUCUAAUAGGAAGGACAUGGAUACGUCGCUUAGGCAUAAAUCUUAAUGAAUUAGAUAAUGGUAAUUCAGCUAUGUUUGUCACUAAUUCUAUUACAGAUUCGAAUCAAAUUGAAGAUUUAAUGACCGAAUUUGCGUCAGUUUUUGAUCAGAAAAUUGGGUGUAUCCCUAACUACAAAAUUUCGUUACAAUUGCGUGAAAAUUCCACACCUAGCUACACAAAAGAGCGCCAAAUUCCGUAUGCAUUAACAGAACGAGUUAAUAAGGAGCUUGACGAAUUGGAAAAAGGUGGGAUCAUCACCAAAGUGGCCAAUAGUGACUGGGGUUCUCCCCUAGUAGUUAUUCCAAAAGCUGACGGAGGCGUGCGACUUUGCGUAGACUAUAAGGUGGGCGUAAAUCAAAGGUUAGUAAGUGCACAUUAUCCAAUACGAAAAAUAGAUCAAAUAUUCAAUAGCCUGAAGGAUUCAAAAUAUUAUUGUCGCCUUGAUCUUUACAAAGCCUAUUUACACGUCCCAGUCGAUGAGCUUUCAUCCGAAAUUCAAACUAUUUCAACUCAUCGAGGCACCUUUAGAAUGAAUCGCCUGUCAUUUGGCAUCAAAACAGCUCCUGCUGAAUUUAAUAGAAUUAUAGAUCAAAUAUUACGUGAAAUUCCGAAGACAGAAUCGUAUUUUGAUGAUAUUGUGGUUCAUGGUGAAUCUUUAGCUGAGUGCAAAGCCAAUUUAAAGUCUUGUUUGACUCAAUUAAAAAAAUACGACCUUCACUUAAACCUUUCAAAAUGUACAUUCUACAAGGAAGAAAUCGAAUUUUUGGGUCAUACUGUGCAGUACAACAAAGUCCAGAAAUCUGUUUCUAAAGUAAAGGCUAUUGUUGAGAUGCCCCAACCAAAAUGUGUGGAGCAUGUUCGUCAAUUUCUUGGCAUGGUGACCUAUUAUUCUAGAUUUAUACCCAACGCCUCCACAAUAACAACACCGUUACGACUUUUGUUACGUAAAAAUGUAAGUUUUAAAUGGAAUUCUAGCUGCCAAAAGUCAUUCAAAUUGCUGAAAAAGGAAAUUGCUAGUGAGCGUGUGUUAAUGCCAUUCAAUCCUGAGUUAAAAGUUAUGCUUGCAUGCGACGCUAGUCCCACAGGGAUAGCGGGCGUUUUGUCACAUGUAGUUAAUGGUACGGAAAGGCCGAUUGCUUUCGCAUCGAGGUCAUUAAUACCAGCAGAACAGAAUUAUUCUCAACUUGACCGAGAGGCUUUAGCGAUUGUGUUUUCUGUUCAACAUUUUCAUGAAUACCUGUAUGGUAGACUUUUUAAGCUUGUAACUGACAACCAGCCAUUAUCCCGCAUUUUCCACCAAAAUUCUAAAUUACCACAAAUGACAUCAUCGAGACUUCAGAGGUAUGCUGCGUUUUUGACUGGCUAUAAUUAUGAAGUUGCUACGAAGAAAAGUGAGGAAAACAUCAAUGCUGAUUGCCUGUCAAGAGCCCCUUUAACUACAAGUAUGGAUCACAUAAAUUUUAUAGACGAUGAAGUGCACACUAUUUGUAAUUCAACCUUGUUUCAAAUAAGUUCAUUAGAAUUAAAUUAUAAUUCAAUUCGAAAUGCUACAAAUAGAGAUUCACAACUUUCAAAAAUCAUCGCCGAAUUACGCCAUUCAAAUGUUGCCGAUACGGAAUAUACUAUUGAUUCUGAUAUUUUAUUUAAAGGAAAAAGGGUUAUGGUUCCAACUUCACUUCAACAAGCUGUGCUUAAUGAACUUCAUUAUACUCACAUUGGUAUAACCAAAAUGAAGCAACUGGCGAGAAGGUACGUAUUCUGGUCUUCAAUAAAUAAAGAUAUUGAAAAUUUCGUCCGUUCGUGUGCUGCUUGUGCUUCUGUACAGAAUAAUCCACCAAAAGCUUUUUUGCAUCCUUGGGAUGAACCACAAGAAAAUUGGCAGCGUAUUCACAUUGACUAUGCAGGACCUUACCAAGGGUAUCAAUUUCUAGUAGUCAUUGAUUCCAAAUCAAAAUGGGCAGAAGUUGGCGUAUGCUCCUCCGCACCAACUUCUUCUUCAACCAUUGAAAUGUUAUUAAACAUUUUCGCCAGAAACGGAUAUCCAGAUGUUAUGGUAUCGGAUAAUGCAACCAUCUUUAAAACAACAAACGGUUUGGCCGAAAGGAAUGUCCAGACUCUUAAGAAGCGCAUAGCGGCCAUGUCUGACGAUUCAUCGCCUAUUCCCAAAAAGAUUCGUGAGAUACUUUUUAGAUACAGAGCAACACCGCUGCGAAAUGGAAAAUCACCCUCUGAGCAGUAUCUAGGAAGGCAGAUUAGAAUACAACUUGAUGCCUUAAAACCUUUAAAAUCCUGCAAAACUUCAAAUUCAGGUACACUAGUUAGACAGCUAUGUGAGGGAGAUCGUGUUCAAGCCAGAUAUUAUGUCGUAAAUAAGCCUUCAUGGAGAAUUGGUACCAUCGUUAAAAAACUUGGUUACCUACAUUAUAUUGUUCGUCUUGAUAAUGGGUUUGUAUUUAAGCGCCACAUAAACCAAUUACGCCUUACUAACAUACAAUCACCUGACACACCAACAUGUUCAAAUCCCGAUUCUAAUUCAGAAGAUAGUUUUAAUACAGAUCAACAAAUUCUUCAAAAUCCAGCUUUACUGCCUCAUAUUCCAAAGCAAGUACAUCAAGACAACCCUACAUUGCCUACAACAUCUACAAAUACAUUGCCUACUACGCCAUUUCCGAACAAAUUAAUUUUAGUGUCGUCGGUCUAUACGAUAUUACGCCAUAUUUUUUCACCUUUUGGUCCGGACCAAUUUGAGUGA